CUUACGAUGCAGUAUUACUGCCAUUUGUAAAGGUGUUGAUUUGUUUCUCUGUAACUUGAAUUCUUGGAGGAUCCUUCUGAGACUGAAAUUUAGUCAAUGUUUUAUUAUUUCUGACUUGCAGACACACCCAUUUAGCACAUGCCACUUAAACAAAGAACCAGGAAACAGGAAUCUCCUGAGUUCAGAGAAAGAGAAACUUAAGUGUAGUUGUGUAGGAAACUGAAAUCUCUUGACUUCAUGGAAAGAGAAACUUAAGUGUAGUUGUGUAGGAAACUGAAAUCUCUUGACUUCAUGGAAAGAGAAACUUAAGUGUUGUGGAGCUGUGGUGUCUCUCUGGAUGAUGGAUAAACAUGUACACACAAUACUGUAUCAGCAGCAAUACAGAGGACAGAGAAACAGGAAAAGGCUGCGGUGAGUCGAGUUGAAGGACGACCGGAGCAGGAGAUCAAUGAUCUGAGGAGGAGAGACGCUGAUCUGGACCAGCUUUCACACACACAGAAUCACAUCUCAUUCCUGCAGGAAACAGAGAUCUAGAAGAACAGGAUCAUAGUGGACUCGAGUAAGAUCCUGCGUUGACAGAGAAGCAUUUAUCGUAUUCAGCAACAUGGAUACCAGGACCAGAAACAACUUCCUACAGUAUUCCAAUCUGCUCACCCUGGACCUGAACACAGUGAAUAAACACCUCUGUCUGUGCGAGAGGGACAGAGUGAUUACUGGUACUCUCACAGAGCAGCCGUAUCCUGAUCAUCUAGACAGAUUUGAUGGAUAUAAUUUUCAGGUGUUGUGUAAAGAGAGUGUGUGUGGAUGCUGUUACUGGGAGAUUGAGUGGAGUGGGAUGUUUGGUGUGGAUAUUUCAGUGUCAUAUAAGAGCAUCAGCAGGAAAGGAGAGGGUGAUGAGUGUGUGUUUGGACGUAACGAUCAGUCCUGGAGUUUGUUCUGCUCUCCCUCUAGUUGCUUAUUUGUUCAUAAUAACAUACGGGCUGAACUGCCUGCAGUGCUCAGCCGUAAAAUAGGAGUGUAUGUGGAUCACAGUGCAGGAACUCUGUCCUUCUACAGCGUCUCUGACACAAUGAGUCUCAUCCAUACAGUCCAGACCACAUUCACUCAGCCGCUCUAUCCUGGGUUUUAUGCAUUUAUUGGAUCAUCAGUGAAACUGUGUUGAUGAAUCAGAAUAGAUUUUAGACAUUUCUAUGUAAUUUCUCUGUAUGUUUGCACUAAUAUUUAUGUCUGUGCUGUCUUUUGCACUGAAAGCUCCUGUCAGCAAGAUAAAUUACUGGGUUGAUGACAGGAAUGGCAAUGAAGUUCUUUCUGAUUCUGAAAAAACAAAACAAAAACAAAAAAAAUUCUACCCGUAACACUUUUAGCGGCAUAAUAUAUGUGUUAAUGAUUUGUUAUGGUAUUAAUUUUAGUUUUGUAUAUUUAAGAUCUUUUUUGUUGUUGUUGAUAAAGCUGAUGCUUAGAAAUGUUUAUUAUUUAAGAUAAUAUGUUAAUUAUUUAAGAUAAUAUGUGAAAUAUGUUUAGUCAAAAUUAAUUGAUUGGAUAUAAAAGUGUUGGGUUUGUUAAAACCCCGGUCUAGGGUCAAGGAGGUAACAUAAAUAAAGAAAUCUCAAUCAA